GUCCAAUAUCGUAUGCAUCCUGCACUGUCCGCCUUCCCAAGUAACGUUUUUUACGAGGGCAGUUUGCAGAAUGGUGUCAGUGCUGAGGACCGAUGCAAAAAGAUUGAUUUUCCAUGGCCCAACCCAGAUCGACCAAUGUUUUUUUAUUGUACAUCUGGACAGGAGGAAAUUUCUGGCAAUGGUGUCUCCUACUUGAAUCGAACUGAAGCUGCAACAGUUGAGAAAAUCGUUACAAAAAUGCUGAAGGUGGGCGUCCAUCCGAACACGAUCGGGGUGAUAACGCCUUACGAAGGACAGAGAGCCUAUCUAGCGCACUAUUUGCAUUAUUCUGGUUCUUUGAAUGCAAAACUAUAUCAAGAAAUCGAGAUCGCUAGCGUCGAUGCGUUUCAGGGUCGCGAAAAAGACUACAUAAUAUUGUCUUGCGUACGGGCAAAUGAAAAUCAAGGUAUUGGAUUCCUGAAUGAUCCUCGACGUCUCAACGUGGCGCUCACUCGUGCCCGAUACGGUCUUAUUGUUGUGGGAAACCCAAAAGCACUGUGUAAGCAACCUCUGUGGAACCAAUUACUUCACUUCUAUCGAGAUCAGCAUUUGCUGGUUGAAGGUCCACUGAACAAUCUCACAGAGUAUAUGCUCCAAUUUCCAAAACCAAAAGUUCCAUACACCUUCAAACCUGGAGGACAUUUCUUAGCGCAACUGGCAGCAAAUACGGCUCAGCUAAUGAGUGCCAAUCAGUUGGCAGCUGGACAACGUGCCACUGGUCCGAACUUCUAUCCCCCGGCUGCUAACAACACAGUCAAUUCGUUUCCGAACACCCGAGAUUCGAUUGCCAUGCUGGCUGCUGCCGCGGCGGUUGCUGCCUCGGCAUACUUUGGAGGUAGUGGUACUGCCGGUGGUGGUCCAGUCAAUCCGCCAGCUGCAGGUGCUCACGGUGCGGCCGGCGUAACUCAACCGGGAGCUAGCCACGCGGCUGCUUAUGCGUUGGCCGCAGCUGCAGCUGCACAGCACCAUUCUGUCCAGAACUAUGCAACACACGCAGCUAACACUCAACAUAACCUUAAUCAACUUGCGAGCCAGUCUUUGUUUGAUCAGAUCGGCUACAUUGGACCCAAUCGCCAAUUUGCCGCAGCAAACGCUGAUUCCAGUCUGCCCAUGCCCUUGAGUAUGCUUAUGCAAACUGGUCGAAUACCUGGCGCUUCCGAACUUAACAACUUGGGUAGCCUGUAUGGGCAAGCUGCCUCUUCAGGUCAAGGAGUUAAUACCAACAAGUUUAACCAAGCAACGGAUGCGUUCGGACGUACGAACGGACAAGGUAUGAAUUUCAACCCUGGAUUUGGGCAAUUCGGUCCCACAGGUGGCAGUACGCGGGCUCCAGGUGGACCGCUACCUACUGCAAACAACGCAUCAAGCACCACCACAGUUCCACGUUAUUUGGGUGCAGGUUCAAACCGUAGAACACAAACAACACAACAGAACGUCCCACAGUCACAAAUGCAACAUGGCAACGCACAGGAUUCGCUCACGGGUGCAAAUCGCUCUCGGAUGAUGGGUGUGUCGACAGCCAUUGGUGGAUCAGGUGUAAAUAGCGGUUCCGCUACCGGAUUGCUUUCUCAACCCGGUUUGUCUGAGCUGACCAGUACACAAGGAACAACUGGACUUGGAAAUCUUGGUGCUUAUAGCAGUCAAACUCGUAAUUUGGGCCUAUCUGGUUUGUCACAGGAGAGCACUUCCUUGGAUUUCCGACUGACCCAUGGAGCGAGUCAAAUGGACAACUUACUGUUGUCACAGGAUUGUACGUUCCAAGGUGCCGGUGGUGCAAGUCAAAAGUUUUCUCGCGUCAGCGCCGCUGAUGAAAAGACGCCCGCAUUUGAUUCCGGCCUCAUGAACGGUACAGAUUUAGGUGAUCUUAGUCUUUCUCAAGCCGUUGGUUCUGGAACUGUCGCUGGAGGAAUCGGUACUGUUGGAUCAGGCAGUGGUAGUGGUGGUGGUGCGCCGUUGUCUCAAUUCUAG